AUGCCUCGCGGAAGGAAGGCCAAGCGCAAGUUCGCUGAAGCGCCACUUGCAGAAAACGCGCAAGAGCUCGCGCACGGAGCUGCUGCGGAGAAGGAAACCGAAGCCGCGGGAAGAUACCACUUCUUCUGGCAAUCAGGUUCCCCCUUUUCUCAAUGGCACAUAUCACGAUAUGUCCUGAAUGGUGUUGAAUUUAGCUGUGCCGAGCAGGGAAUGAUGCACGGGAAAGCCUUGCUGUUUGGCGACACGGAGGUGGCAGAGCAAAUAUUGGAGGCCAAGAGCCCGCGAAAAAUGAAAGCUUUGGGUCGCAAAGUGCGUUUCUUUGAUCAUAAGGUAUGGAACAAGGAAAGGAUGAGGAUCGUCUACGAAAAUUCAGUCGCAAAGUUCACUCAGAACCCCCACCUCCUGGAGGCACUUUUGAACACAACCGGACAGCUCGUGGAGGCAUCCCCCAGUGACAAGAUCUGGGGCAUUGGUUUGGUGGAGGCCAAUGCCAGAAACACCCCAGAGAAGUUCUGGCCUGGCUUGAAUCUGCUGGGCCAGAUCCUGACUCGCGUUCGUGACGAGAUUCGAGCGGGUGACCACAAUGAUGCUCUGGUCGAGAAUGAGGGCCCUUGA